CAGUAGCUAGGCCAUAGGUAGAGAUUUUGGAACCCACAGGGUGCGGGUUCGGAGGGCAAAAACGACAAAAAAAUCGAGACGGUCAUGGAGCGUGGCCUCCGUUGCUGAGCUUGCGCCAAGAACCGGUUUGCACAGAUGUGGACUCUUAAACGGCGUCAAACACAAGACCGCAAAAAACGUUUGCUUCAAUCAAGUUUGAGUUUACCAAAAACAACGCCGUUAACUUUGGAGCAAUCUGGGCCCUUUAUUUAAAUACUGAACAUGUGCUACAAUUUGGGCCCUUUGUAAAAUCCGAUUGGUCCGAUCGAACUCCUCUCUCCACUCUCACUCUACCUCACCUAACUCCCUCCUCCUCCUCCUCAUAAGGACCUCAUCCGCCGCUGCCGCAGUCGCCGUCGCCGUCGCCGUCGCCGCAAAUGCAAAUUUUAGGCUGCAAUAAAGCAUAUUUCUGAAAGUGGCUUAUAAGCAUAAAAGAAGAGAAGAGAGGAUUCUUGACAAUAAUGGCAGCAUCUGCAAAAACCCUCACCAUUGCUGAUCCUACUUUAAAUGGAGGCUGGACAGUUGUUUUACCCCGUCGUGGCAGGAGAAAACAUUUGCCCAGAAUUAGAUCUUUGGAACAACAACCAUGGGCUCCAAGUGAUCUUGAAAUUGAUCCUAUCAGAAAGUCUAAAUUAAUACAAAAGAUGCAGGUCUGCAUGAAGAAAAUCGAGAGCUCUCCAUUCUACCAUACUUUAAUGGAUCAAAUCCAAACUCCAGAAAUCUUGGGUCACUUUUAUCGGGUCUUAGAUUCCGAGUCAAAGAUGCAAAUGGUGAUUUAUGGUAUAGGCAGCAUUGAGUCAUAUGAAACCCCUCGAUUGCAGCUUAGCAUUGCGAUCUUGUUGAAGAGGAAGUUCAGUUGGAUUGGAGAUAUUGAGGUUUUUGAUCCUAUUCUUUCUGCAACUGAAUCUAAGGUAUUGGAAACCCUAGGUUGUUCUGUUCUAUCAGUAAAUGAGCAAGGGCAGCGACAUGCUCUAAAGCCAACAUUGUUCUUUAUGCCACACUGUGAGGCAGAGUUGUAUGACAAUCUAUUGCGGGCAAAUUGGGGGGUGGAGCUGUUGAAUCGUGUAGUCUUGUUUGGGAAUAGCUUUGAGACAUAUGAGCAGCAUGUCUCAGAGUUUAAGACCUCAGCUGUAGUUGAUUCGGCGAGGCAUAUCUUGGGCAUUCGACGAUUCACAAAGGAGUUCAAAAUCAUGACAGUUUCAGAUGACUAUUUUGGUGCUUUCCAUGAUUCAAGUUGGCAUUUUUUUGGUCCGGUUCUUGAGACAGAGCUGCAGUACAUCAAAUUUUGAUGAAAAAUAUCAAAUUGGUUUCAGUAAUUGGAUGAUGAUUGAAGCAUAUUCUUUCUUUCCAAAUGUUCUUGGAAAUGAUUUUUUUCAUAGUCGUUAUUAUCCAAACACAUGUAGAAUUAGUUGCUUGACAUUUAUUUUGAGUUACUUGUUUUGGGUAUCUAAACACGCCAAGGUCAAGGCAAGAUCUCUGAAAACCACCUCAUUUAAAACUUUCAUAAUCAUUUAUGCAACAACAUUGAUUUCUUCUUUCUUCA